CCUCACUCCUAGGUAUUCCCGCCCCUUUUCGCAGUACUCUAGUACUGUCCUUACUUUCAAGACAUGUCGAGUCAACUGCAGUGCUCAACACUCCCAGACAUUGGUGGCCCUAAACCUGCACUCAGCAUGGCUCAGUGUCGUAUCUUUUCAUUUUUCCAGCCACCCUGGCCCUUUCUUACUCGAUGUUCGCCAUUGACCGCAGGGCAAGGGCCAAUCCUGAAACAAACUAUGCCAGUUGACGAGAGCUGCGCUAAUUUCGCUGCUAGCCAGCCCAGUCUUUCAGCGUCUUAACAGCCUAGGGUGACAAAACCUCUUGAAUACCAGCCCGCCUAGGAUGGCAUCCCAAGAAGUUCCCAAGACCUGCAAGGUCAUUCUCGCAGACACAAUAGCUAAGAAGCUCCUGGCAGAGGUCAGAGAGACUCUUGCUAGCGUCCAGGUUCCUGGGGCUGGCAAGCCUACAUUGGUUGCCUUCCUGGCCAACGAUGACCCUGCCGCAAGCCAGUACGCCGACUGGUCCAAGAAGACAUGCGAGGAAAACGGCUUCAACUUCGACCUUCGCAAAGUCGACAAGGAAUCCCUCGAGGAAGCCAUCGUGGCCGCGAACAACGACGAUGCCGUCGAUGGCAUCCUCGUUUACUACCCCAUCUGGCCCAACAACCAACAACAAGACCGCUACAUCCAGGAGACGGUGGCUCUGUCCAAGGAUGUCGAGGGCCUCUGCCACACCCAUCUCUUCAACAUGUACCACAACAUCCGCUUCCUCGAUCCGCCCACCAACCUGAAAAAGUCGAUCCUGCCCUGCACCCCGCUCGCCAUCGUCAAGGCCCUCGAGCACCUGCAGAUCUACAACCCGAUCCUAGCCUACGGCAACCGCCUCUACGGCAAGACCAUCACCGUCAUUAACCGCAGCGAGGUCAACGGCCGACCCCUGGCCGCCCUCCUCGCCAACGAUGGCGCCACCGUCUACAGCGUCGACAUCACCGGGGUGCAAGUUUUCACGCGCGGGAGCGGCAUCCGCGCGCCGCGCCACCAGGUGCACGACAAGGACGGCUGGGGGCUUAAGGACGUGCUGCCACUCAGCGACGUGGUCAUUGGGGGCGUACCGAGCGAGGACUUCAAGGUCCCCACCGAGCUCAUCCGGGAAGGCGCCGUGUGCAUCAACUUCUCAAGCCACCGCAACUUUGACGGGCCCGCGGUCAAGGAGAAGGCGAGCAUCUAUGUGCCAAGCAUCGGCAAGGUGACCAUUGCCGUGCUGUUGCGGAACCUCGUGCGACUAAUCGCCAACCGGCCGCGUCCUGAGGGAACAUCUGAUGCUGCGGAAAAAGCCAGGACAGGUGUGUUCAGCGAUGAUAUGCGUCCAUGAUGGGUUUUUAUCGCAGCAAUUUUAUGUUGUGCGAAGCUCUGUCGAUGCGCGUCGAUUGCAGAGCAAAGGCCAAAAAAGGGGAGCUAUGGAGGUAAACAAAUGCCGGUGACACCCGUCGAGAGAUGACAAAGACCUCACGGGAAGCGCCUUGUAUGUGCCGGAUCUUUGUAGGCGAUUAUCCAAAUUCCUCAUGAUUACCAAUCACAACUAUCCUAUAUACUACGAAGCAUAAUCAGGGGUAUCGAACC